UUGUUAUUAUUAAUUUCUUUAGUUAAAUUAUUUAACAUUAUGAAUAAGAAAUUUGUAACUACUAUUUUGACGGUGGGCGCUGCCGGUCUGGGUGCUUACCACUAUGGCAGCUAUACGGAAAGGCAAAGAAUUUUACAAAAUAUACCUGUCUAUGAGCAGCAACAAAUGGAACUCUUGCAUAAGCAUUCCCAAAAACCCGGCUUUCCCUUAUUUGCCUCCGUUUCGGCUGCUGUACCCGCACCUGCUGAUGACAUCAAUGUAGCUGCUACACCUAUGCGUGUAUCGCAAAUAAUGAAAUAUGGUUUUCCCAGUUUGGAUUCGGUGCGUUCUUAUUCAGAUUAUGUGUUAAGCUACGAUCGCCGCAAUCGUGUGGCCUCCUGGGUGUUUGAACACUUAACCGCCGACUCUAUUGCCAAAAACGAAGCAGUCGAUAGAGCCAAAUGUGAUUUCAAACCGGACGAAAGCAUUCACCCCUACUUCCAAUCCCAAAAUUCCGAUUAUCGCCGUUCGGGCUUUGAUCGUGGUCAUAUGGCUGCUGCCGGCAAUCACAAAAGACAUCAAAAACAUUGUGAUGACACUUUCUAUUUGACAAAUAUGGCACCUCAAGUGGGCCAAGGUUUCAACCGCGACUCUUGGGAACGUUUGGAAAGUUAUGUCCGCAAAUUGACAAAAACCUACAGCAAUGUUUAUGUGUGUACAGGUCCCUUGUAUUUGCCACGACAAGAGGAUGAUGGCAAAAAGUAUGUUAAAUAUCAAGUAAUUGGUAAUAAUAAUGUGGCUGUGCCCACACAUUUCUAUAAAGUGAUUGUUGGCGAGACCUCGGAUAGCCAUUUGGAAAUGGAAGCUUAUGUUAUGCCCAAUCAGGUGAUUAGUGAUGAGACACCUUUGCAAGUAUUCCAAGUACCACCAGAAUCGGUUGAGAGAGCGGCUGGCCUUUUAUUUUUCGACAAAAUCAAUAAGAAACAACUGACAAAGAUCAAUGGUAAAAAGGUUUAAGUGUUUCUAAAUGCUCCUAAGAAUAUUCCUAAUACUUCAAUAAGGUCCCAACAAUUUUUAAAAAUAUUUAUAGCCAAUUGUUUUAAUUUGAUUUGUUUUAGAUCUAUUCUAGAAAAAAGUUUUAAACCUUAUACAGUUUUUUCCCCAAAAGUGCAAUUUAGUAAAAAAUCUUUUUAAAAUUGUAAAUAAAAGAAAUAAUAAAUUAGUGUAUUUUGUUUUAUGAGUUUUUUUUAUUAUUAUGUUUUAAGCAUUUUAAUUUUUAAUGUAUAAAUAUACGAAAUCAUGUUUUUAAACAAAUUUUAUUUGAUCUUGUUUUUCAAUUUUUUAUUUUAAGCUCUAUAAUGCUCCUCUUUCAAAAAGCCGAGCGAGAACAAACAAAUAAUACAAAGUUUUUUUUUAAUAUUGUUAAAUGAUGGUGGUUUACAUUUUAAAGGUGUAAUAAACAAAAUAAAAGGAAA